CACCGAGCGUCUAUCUAAGAACGCACGUGGACCAAGGAAGUUUGAAACGAUUGUAUGAGCAUAUGAAAUAUUUUGUUAAACAUUUUAAAUUAACUUUUGUAUAUAUCAUAAUUAUUAAAAAAUUAGAAAGAUAAGCAUGGAAAUAUCUUACAAAGCAAAUAUAAAUGAUUUUUCAAAUCAUUCUGAUAAUUCAGCACUUAAAAGCGAUGACUAUUCUAAUGAUGAAACUGAUCAAAGCGAAGACUAUGAAGAUGAAGAAAAUGAAGAAAAUGAAAAAAGUGAAGAAAGUGAAGAAAGUAAAGAAAAUGAAGAAGAAAAGAAGAUUGAAAACACUGUUAAAAGAGAAGAUUUUCAUUUAGUAUCUGAUAAAAAAAGAAGAAAAGUUACUGAAGAUCCUACAGAUGCUUUAUUGAAGAAGAAAAGGAAAUUAGACAAAGAUUUAUAUAAGCCACCAACUGUUGAUGAAUUAAAUCAACUUAGGGAAACAGAAAAUUUAUUUCACUCAAACUUAUUCAGAUUACAAAUAGAAGAAAUGUUAAAUGAAGUUAGACUUAAAGAUAAAUACAAAAAAUUAUUUGACAUUUGGUUCAAAAAGUUGAAGGAGACUAUUGAAUCCAUAGAGGAAACAGAAGAAUAUCGACUUUCAGAUGAUGAACUGGGAAAAAAGUUAAAUAUACAUAUCCCAGUGUUUAAUGUACCAAAAGAAACAAAAGGAGUAUUUAAAUUCCUUAAGCCAACAGAUAUUGUUGUUGUAGGAUCUUACAUGUAUAUAAAAAAGAAAAUAAUAUAUUUGGCAUACAUAGCAUCUAAUAUUACAGAUGAUAUUACUGAGAGCAAAAGGUUUAUGAAUGAUACUUUAAAACCAGUUUUAAAAAUUGUACCAAGUGGAAAAUUAGGUACUAAAAUUAGUAUAUUGAUACAUGUAUCGCCUGAAGAAGGAAGUUUCAAAUUAAAUAGGUUUUUACCAGAAAAAAAUAAUGUUAGACCUGAAUGGUUUUUUGGAAAUACUAAAAAUAUUACAGAAAAUUUUCCACCAACACCACAUUACAAUUCUAUAAUUCUUCAUGAUUUAACUAUGAAAAUACAUGCAGAAAAUAUGAAAGUAAUAAAAGAAUAUCCAAAUUUAAGAGAUGGUAUUAUUUUAUUAAAGAUAUGGUUAAUUCAACGUGAAUUGUUAAAAGACUAUACAGCUUUUAGUGGAUACAUAAUAACAAUGGUUGUUUUGCACUUAUUGUCUAUUAAGAAGUUAAACACAUUUAUGAGCAGCUAUCAAAUAGUUAGGAAUGUAUGGAGCUAUUUGAUACAAACUAACUGGUGUGAAUCUGGAAUAACCAUGAAUCAAAGUGAAGAUAGUAAAAAUAGAGUUUUAAGUUAUCACAAAUAUUAUGAUUGUGUAUUUUUGGAUAACACCAGUUAUUACAAUAUUACUACCCAUGUGUCCAAAGCUACAUAUAAAUGGCUACAAAAAGAAGCAGAACUUUGCUUAAGUCAUUUGGAUAGUACACACGCGAACAGUUUCCAAUCACUUUUUAUGAGAAAAGUACCAUUUUAUAUGGCAUUUGAUCAUUUUAUACGGUUUGAGGAUACUGAAAUGUUAAAAAUUCUAGUAAAUAUUAAUUCAAGUAAUGAAGAUAAGUUAGAUUAUGGUCCCAAUUACCGGGCUCAAGCGAUAAAAAUUAUUUGUAACAUUCUCAAAAAAGGAUUGACAAAUAGAGUGCAUCAAAUUUGCGUAGUACCAAAUGAAAGUUCAGAAUGGAAAUACACCGAGAAUAAUUGUAACGAUAUUGGAGAGAUUUUUAUUGGAUUAGAAUUAAAUCCAGAGUAUUGCUUUAAUAUUGUUGAUAAAGGACCUGAAGCAAAUUUACCAGAGGCCAUUGAAUUUAGAAAAUUUUGGGGCAAAAAAUCAGAAUUACGACGAUUUCAAGAUGGAACUAUUCGAGAAGCAGUGGUUUGGUCGAAAGGCAAAACAUUGUCAGGAAAAAGAUUAAUAUGUAAAAAGAUUGUAACAUUUUUGCUAAGAGAAAAAUUAGGUUUAUUUAAAAAUAAAUUUAUAUACAUUGCCGAUGAAGUGGAAGAACUUUUAAAAUUGCGAAAGGUAAAAAUAACACAUUUCGCUUAUGGAACGGGGGAAGAAGCAGCAUUGAGAGUAAUAAAUGUAUUUAAUUGUCUUGAAAAAGAUUUAAUGUCUCUUACGGACAUUCCUUUAUCAAUACAUGGAGUUCAAGGAUCUAGCGCCGUUUUUCGAUAUACAGAUGUUUUUCCACCACUUGCAACUGUUUAUCAACCUGAUGACAAACUUAUUGAGAAACGUAAAAAAACUUUGACUUUAUCAAGAAAUAUAGCUACUUCACCUAGAUAUGUUUGUCCACUUGAUGUAAGCUUGCAAUUAUCAACUAGUGGAAAAUGGCCAGAUGAAUUAGAAGCUUUUAGAUAUACAAAAGCUGCUUUUCAUAUACAAAUUGCAGAAUGUCUUAGAAAACAAUAUAAGUUGACAGUAAAAGCUCACUUUCCAUAUGUUGAUGUAUAUAAGGAUGGACUUGUAUUUCGAUUGAGAGUAGCCCAUCAAAAAGAAAUUGGUUGCUUGAAACAUCAAGUAACCGAAGAUGGAGUUAUACAAUAUAAAGAUAAUGAAAAGUCAAUCGAAUUAGAAAAUAAACUGUUUGAAUUACCGAAGUUAACCAGUGCUUUACAUGGAUUGCACGUUCAACAACCAUCAUUUGGACUUACAUGUUGUUUAGCAAAACGCUGGUUAUCUGCUCAACUAUUAGAUAACUCUCAUAUACCAGAUGUAGUAGUUGAACUACUUGUAGCUUCAAUGUAUUUAAUGCCUGCACCGUACAGACCAUCUCAAAUGCCACAAGUUGCAUUUUUGAGACUUUUAGAAAAUUUUGCUAAGGGUCAUUGGAAUACUGAUCCGGUUAUAGUAAAUUUUAACAAUGAAAUGUCUAAAGAAGAAAUAAUUGCUGUUGAAACGCUUUUUGGAUCAUCUCAUGAUUCUUUACCACCUCUAUUUAUUUCUACUCCUUAUGAUCAACAGAGAUCAUUAUGGACUAAAAAAGCACCAUCUAUUCUAAUUUUAAAUCGUAUUACAAUGUUAGCUAAACAAUCUCUAAAAUUAUAUGAAGAUCAAUUUUUUACAAAAGUUUUGUUAGAUUUCAAAACCUUAUUCAGGCCGCCAAUUACAGAAUAUGAUUGUUUGAUAUAUUUAAAGCCACUUAUGGUUCCUAGAAGACUACAAGCAGUUGAUGUUAAUGAUGAAGAACCAAUUGUCGAGUUGCAUCCAUAUAAACGACACUCGGCCCAAAAGGUACCAAUUGUGGGUUUUGAUCCUGUACAAUAUUUCCUAAAAGAGCUUAGGAAUGGUUAUGACGAAUUUGCCUUGUUUUUCCACGAUACUUAUGGUGGUACAAUAAUUGGAGUUUUAUUUAAACCUUCCGCACUAGGUACUAAAGAUUUUAAAGUAUCAAAUAUCGGUGGUCAAAAAUGUAAUAAUAACAAUGAAUUAGUUUUAAAUAUUUCGGCAAUGAUUCAAGAUUUCUAUAUUCUUGGAAAAGGUCUUGUAGAAGCGAUAGAUGUUCGAUCAAAAAAGUUCUCUUUAACCUGAUAUUCCCUAAUAAGUAAUUUUCUGGUUGUUUUUUUAUAUUAAUUGUUUUAUAUAAUUGUUUUAUAGUCCAACUCUCUUAUUUUAUAAUUAUGUACAUGAAUAUACAUAAAAGUAAGUAAAAUACAUUUAUUUCAAUAAAUGUAUAUAUGUAUAAUAUAUAAAAAAAUGACUAUAAGUAUUUUAUAGUAUGAUAUUGGAUAUAGUUUAUAUAAAAAAAUCACUUCAUCAUUAAACAUCUAAUUUCAUUAUUUAAUUUCAUAAUUACUGUAUCGUCAGUUGUAUAACUUCCAGUUUUUAAGAGGGAAUCGCGUUCUUCAACUAAUGCUUGUAACUUUUUAUUCUGCUCUUCUGAUCUUUUUAAUAUAUUAUUAGCAUUUUGUGAAAUUUUGGAGUUCAUGGAACUUGGUGUGAAUACUUGAGAAUAACCAUCUUUCUCAACAAGAUAUGCUUUUGGCUUAAUUAUGUCAAUUUCUUUCUGAAUUUCAUUUAAUAAUAUUUGAUCAUUUGUCAAAGCAGUAGAGUCUGCACAUAGUAUUUCUUCUAGAUCCAAGUUUUGUAAUUCUUCUUUACUGUUUCUAAUUUGAACUUGCAUAGCUUGUUGAUAUUCCAUUCUCAUACGAUGUAUCUCACGAACUGCUUUCGCCCAUUGUUCUUUGAAAAAAGAUUUAUUUUCUUGUGCAUUUUGUAAUUUUUCUUCGAGUGUCUUUAAUUCUUGCAAUAAAUUUGCUGUUUGAUCCUGAGUCAAAGAACCUUUUUGAUGAGUUUCCAAUUCUUCAGACUGUUUUGAUACAAGCAACUGUAACCUUUCAUUUUCAGCAUUUAAUUGUUCACUUUGCGUUUCCAAAGCUGUCUUUCUCUUUUCAAGAACAUUAAUCUAUAAAAGAACAUAAAAUUUAAUGUUUACUUAUAGGAUGCAAAUACUUUUACAAACCUUUGUCGUAAGUUCUUCUUGAAUUAUUUGAAAUGAUUCUUUAAGUUCGCGUAAUUUUGUUUCAUAUCUCCAUUGUAAAUCUUCAUUUGCUUUAAUCAACCUAGUCUCUUUUUCAAGACUUUUCAAUCUUCGUGUUCUUAAAUCUUCUGUAGCAUUGUUUAAACUAUUUGCUAACAUUUUACAUUGUUCAAUGCUACAUGCCAGUUUUGUUUCUAAAUUUUCUCUGUGUUUUUGCCAUUCCUGACUUAAUAAAUUUAAAUGACGAUCUUCCUUCCUUUUUAACUAAAUUAUCAAGAAGAAUGAUAAAUGAUAUGUUUAUAAUCAUACCUUUUCUUAAAAUCAUAAUUUUAAUUCUAUUAAUUUUACCUCAACUUUAAAUAUUUCCAUUUGUCGUUCUUUCCAAGUUUCUAACUCAUCCACUAUUUUAUAUGCUAAACUAUCAUCUAAGAUUGGUGGGCCCAAAUUUUCGUCUAGAUAUUUUGUAAUGUCAUUCUGUUAUAAAGAUUAAAUAAAUGAACAAAAGAUCAUAUACAUUAAAGACUUACUAGGAAUGGUUUUCUUAAUCCUAUAAUAUGGGCCAUAAUCUUGUAAAUUUAACACAACAUCCAAGUUACCGAUAUUAUUAUGUUCCAUGUCAUACAAUAAUACGUCACACUGGUACUCAGUCUAAAAUAUAUAUAUAUAUAUA